AUUCCGCAGUCACACUGAUGCCAACCUAACUUUUCGUUUUGGGGAUUCUGAUUUUCUGUGAUAAAAAAAGCAGCAGCGGCCAAGCUAGUGCAGUUGUUGCCCCUUCAAUAAUUUGAUGGUCACUAUGGAGAACAGCGAGGAGAUUCUACAAAUUCUGGAGCGUUUCACACGCCUCAAGCAGAAGGAGAUACCCAAGGAGCUGGAGGACUAUCUGCAGUAUGUGGCCAAGACCGGGGACACCGUUUUCAAGUGGGCCAGCCUCAAGUAUCUGUUCCGCGAGAAGCUGCUCAGCGUGAUCAAGCACUUCAAUGAGGACUCACCACGGCUUGAAGAGAUACCAAACUAUCCGAAUGUGGAUCCCUUCAAUUACGAGACCAUGAAAUCGUCGCUGCUGGAGAGACUCGAUCUGUUCAAUGCGGCUCCCUUCACCGUACAGCGACUCUGUGAGCUGCUCAUCGAUCCUCGGAAGCAGUACUCGCGCAUCGAUAAGUUUAUGCGAGCCCUGGAGAAGAAUAUACUGGUGGUCAGCACCAUUGAUCCGGGACGUAAGCGUACGGAGAGCGAGAACGGCGACUCCCUGGACUCUGUGGUGAAUGGUGAUCUCUCGUUGGAGGUCAACAUUGACAUUGAAAUGGAGAACGAGGCGGCGGCGGCGGGUCACUUCAACAACGGCAAGGCCAGUGGUGAGGGCUGCAGUGGUAGUGGUGGCGUUGGCGGUGGCGGUGGCGUUGGAGGAGGUGCUGCCAAGGCUAGUUGCCCGCGCUCGGACGGGGGUGCCAUCCAGCCCAAGGCGAAGAAGGCCAAGCUGGAGUUCGAGGGAGAUGGGGCCGACGCAGUCGCUGAAGAUGAGGAUGAGGGCGAGGCCGGUGAGUCCGAGCAGGCCACCAAAGCCAAAUCCGAGGACGCCGAGGAAGACGCCGACGAGGAUGAUGAUAAAAACGACGAGGACGAGACUGAUGCCGAUGCUGAUGCAGCCCAGGAGGCAGCCGAGAUCGAAGAGCCCGACGAGGAUGAUGAGGAUGAUGCGAAGACUGCCAAGCAGGCUCUCAAUGGCACCAAACAAAAGCAGGGGCAGGAGCAGGAGCACGACGAUGACGAGGAAGCCUCUCCCGAGAGUGACCCCACUGGUGGCCCAGACGAUGACGACGACGAAGACGCCGGCCUAUCGCCAGAGGCAACCGUCAAAGAAACUGCCGAUGAGAAGGAGGACGAGGAUGCCGAUGCCCUAGCCGAAGUCGGUGAUGCUGCCGAUCCGCAGCCGGAGAAGAUCAUUGAGAAGCAGGAAAUCGAAAAAGCCGAGAAGACGGGCAAGAAAGUCGAGCCAAAGACCAAGUCUGCCACCGAUGAGGGGGAUGGGUUAGCUGACGAUAAAAAGGGCGAAGCCCAUGCCAACGCCAAGGCCGAAAAGGAGAUCGUUGAUAAAGUUGCGGACAAAGAGUCAACAUCCGCAUCUACACCCACUAAAAAGGACAAGAAAGAGGGACAGGCGAAAAAGGCUGCCACACCGGAACCCAAACUAGCAUCGGCAAAGAAGGCAUCACCGACCGGUAAGGCCGGCAAAGCCACUGACGCCGCCGAAGCAACCGCUGACGCCAAGGAGCGGAACACUGAAAAGACUGAGACCGAAUCGGCCGCUAGCAAGAAGCAGCCGCUGGCCCCUGCCGAACCAUCCUCAUCGGAGGCCGUCGAUAAUAAGAAAAAGGCCGACAAGACUGCCGAGAAAGCUUCUGAAGCUUCUGACAAAGAGCCCGUCGAGCCCGCUGAGACCACUGAUCAAGCUGAUCCAGCAGAGGGCGAUGCCGAUGCUGAGGAAGAUGAGGCCGCACCGAAAUCUCUCUCGCCAGCCAUAGCUGACGAUGAGCCUGCACCAACACCGCCAGAAGUCACCAAGGAGGCAGCCACAGCUGCCACUCCACCAGCACUCGCGUUGAACGAUCAACCGAUGGAGGACACACCGGCCGAUGAGGAGACAGGAGCAGCAGCCUCUGGGGCAGCCGACGGGGAGGAGAUGGUAAUGUCCGAGGAGGCUGCCUCCUCCUCAGCUGUCGCCGAAAUGGUAACCGAGGACGCAGCCGCCGCCAAAGACGAUAUGGCCGCCAUGGAGGUGGACGACACCAGCCAGGAGGUGAUGGACCAGUAAACCAUGCCAAUUCCAAGCGACUAAUAACAACAUACUAAUCCAUAUACAUAAUUAGCUAUAUAAGACAGCACCUAACACAUGCCACAUCCCAGAUCCUAUAUCAAUCAUCUCAGACACUUCCCCUCAGUCGCUCAAAUAGAAGAUAUUCGUCAAUA